UUUUCCUCUGAUGAACCGUAUUUAACAGUUAAACCCCCAAAGGUACCAUAUCCAAACAGCUUACAAAGGUUCAAACAUGGCGAAAGUGGUGUACAUGGGAGUUCCUUUCCUCACACAACCCCACAAAACCACCAUAACUUCUUCAAAACCAUUCAAGCUUUCCCAUAGAACUCACAGCACCAAUAUAUCUAUUCUCUCAUCCACCAACAAUGGUUCUGCCAAUCGUUCUGUUAAACCCCAGAAGCUUAAUUCAGAUAUUUCUCCUCACAGAGCUGUGUCAGCUGUGAGAUUGAUGAGGAUUGAACUUGGUGGUGCUUUUGCUGACCUUCUCAAUGAGAAAGGAAAAGGUUCUGGUGAAAAUGAGAUGGGAUAUGUUCAAAGAACACUUGGAUUUCGCACCCGAGAAUUAAAUAAUCAAGACCUUAGAUUGGUUACAGAGAUUGUUGGGGGCACAAUUCGUUGGAGGAGAUACCUUGAUCAUUUAAUCAGUUCAUUGUGUCAUGAUAAAGAUAUAUCCAGUAUGGAACCUCUUCUCUUACAGAUUCUACGAAUUGGCUUCUAUGAGAUCGUCAAAUUAGAUAUGCCACCUUAUGCUGUUGUAGAUGAGAAUGUGCAGCUUGCCAAAGCAGCUCUCAGGCCGGGUGCUGGCAACAUGGUCAAUGGAGUCCUACGAAAGCUAGUUGUGCUCAAGGAAAAUGAAACUCUUCCUUUACCCAAAGUGGAGGGUGAUGAUCGUUCUCAAGCACGUGCACUGGCAACUCUCUACUCACAUCCAGUUUGGAUCGUAAGGAGGUGGACAAAGUAUCUUGGCCAGGAAGAAGCCAUUAAACUGAUGAUAUGGAACAACAUUGAACCGAGUUAUAGCUUAAGAGCAAAUCGGGCAAAGGGUUUUUCAAGAGAUGACCUUGUGACAGAGCUUAAUGCAUUGAAGGUCCCACACAAGCUUUCAUUGCAUUUGGAUGACUUUGUUCGCAUCAAGACUGGGUUGCAGAUUAUCAUUCAUGCCGGCCUAUUCAAAGAGGGUUUAUGUUCAGUUCAGGAUGAGAGUGCAGGUCUGAUAGUUUCUAUUGUGGAUCCUCAACCUGGUGAGACUAUUGUUGAUUGUUGUGCUGCUCCUGGUGGAAAGACCCUCUACAUGGCCGCUCAUUUAAGUGGACAAGGUAUGGUAUAUGCAGUUGAUGUAAAUAGUGGUAGGUUGAGAAUUCUUAAAGAGACAGCAAAGUUACAUCAAGUAGAUGGUGUCGUUACCACUGUCCAUGCCGAUCUUCGUACAUUAACUGACGGUGAACCACUUAAGAGUAACAAAGUUUUGUUGGAUGCACCAUGCUCAGGACUUGGUGUUCUUUCAAAGAGAGCGGACUUACGUUGGAACAGGAAGUUGGAGGAUAUGGAACAAUUGAAGAAAUUACAGGAUGAGCUUCUGGAUGCAGCAUCCACAUUGGUAAAACCCGGAGGAGUAUUAGUUUACAGUACAUGCUCCAUAGAUCCUGAAGAGAAUGAUGAUAGGGUAGCUGCAUUUCUAGAAAGACAUGCGGAUUUUCACAUUGAUCCUGUAGACAGAUACGUUCCACCUGAUUUUGUGACACCAAAAGGUUUCUAUUCAUCCAACCCGGUAAAACAUUCACUGGAUGGCUCCUUUGCAGCCCGUUUGGUACGCACAUUGUAAAAUGAAUUUCAGUGAAACCCUUUGUCACUCUAUCUCAAAUUGGAUAACAUUCGAUGAGAUUCGAAAGAGGCUGUGAGCGAGUUGCUUCUGCCAUGAUUUCUGUCUCUACAAAUCUUAAUGCUUUGAAAUCAAGCAUUUGCCUUCAGUGUGAUACCUCACUUCCAAGAGAAGGUUUAUAGAUAUGAUGAGAUUGCAAACAAGUCCUCUUUCAUCAGGGGCUUCCAGAGGAGGAUGAGUUAGUGAUCCUCAAAGUAAAUUCAUAUACACUUGUGUUUAUGGGCAAAAUUACCAUUCUGCAGCUUCAACAAAUUCCUUGAAGUGUAAUUUUCAGCAGCUUUAACAAGGUCAUGUGCUUAUUGUUAUGCUGCUAAUUACAAAUUUACAGCACAUGACCAUUUAUAUUAUUGGAUGUCAAUGAUAGAUAUGUAUAAGGGACAUAUUACUGGAGUAGUAGAGUUUGUUAAUGACAAUUAAUAUGAGACACUUGGAUCUUGUAUUUGAGAGUUAAAAGCUAAUCGUGGAAUUUCAAGGUCAGUUUGUUAUCAUUGUCAAUACAAGAAACUGCUUAGCAAAAGUUGAUUCUUAAUGUAAGUUAAAAAUGACACUAGUUAUAGGUUGUAACUAAAUGAGCAAGGCACCGAUUUUUGUGCUGUUCAUGA